AUAUAAAUUUAGCUUAAAAUCUUGCUAAAAGACUUUAAUGAUGAAAUUUGGCUAUUCAGAUUGACCAGCAGGGCUUCCAUGUGUGUCUUUGUUACCAAAUUGUUAUGAAAUCCAUGCAGUUUUCUCACACUUUUUUUUUUACAGCUGUACAGGAUGCAAAUUAUUACCUCUAAAGGAGGAAUAUGGUUAAAAACUUGCAAAAUGCUAAGACAAUGGUCACAAAACUUUACCGUAAUUAAAUUAAGAGCUGAAAGAAAAUGGCACACAAAUAGAAAAAGAUAGCUUGAUUUGAUUUGACUUGGGGGGAAUGUUUUAUGAACUUUAACUCCAGACACAUCAAUAAGUCAAUGGUCAAAUCUUGCGAGCUACUUGCGCCAUAAAGUUCAAGAGCGCCAUGCGUCAGUCGCAUAUAAAAAACACAAGAAAACUGGCAGAGCGGCAGUUUUUCUCCUUUUUGUGGAUGCGUAAAGCAGGAACACAAAUCUGGCUGUUAGCGCUUCAACCUGCAGCUGAAGCUUCAGAGACUCCCGUCCUGUAGGACCCAUCGGUGGCACCGGGCUGACUGUGAGUCGCUUUAAGACCAUCGGUACCGUCACAUCCCCUCGGACUCUGGAUCAGCUUCUUAUUGGUGACCGCGCGCCGCUAGGGGACUCAUUUUACUCACGGACACUAGCAGGCGCACAACGCGACCGUGGAGAUACUUGAUCCUCCUGUUGCGCCAUGGAGAACUCCAGCGCGCAGGCAGCUGCCAUCACGGACUUUAUCUUGCACACUUUGAAGCAAACCGUGGAUUCACAGCGCGUUUCGGAGGGAUAUUUUUUCCUGGAAGGCGGCGCACUCAGGACUGACGCUGGGGUUGGAUUUAUGACCGCUCCCCAGACCGAACCUCCUCACCUGGUGCCUGCUUUCUGGGACUCCCCGCUCAGCCACGGUAUCAAUGUGUUCGUCGGAUUGGUCCUCUGCUUCACCAUGCUGGGCCUGGGCUGCACCGUGGAGGUGAGCCAGCUCGGGGAACAUAUUCGCAGACCCAUCGGGGUAUUGCUGGCUCUGGUGUGUCAGUUUGUCAUCAUGCCCCUGGUGGCUUUUCUUCUGGCUUUAGCCUUCUCUCUGGAUGAUGUGGCAGCGAUGGCGGUCCUCCUGUGUGGCUGCUGUCCUGGUGGGAACUUGUCAAACAUCAUGUCUCUGCUGGUCCACGGAGAGAUGAACCUCAGCAUCAUCAUGACCAUAUCCUCCACCCUGCUGGCGCUGGUCCUGAUGCCCCUCUGUCUCUGGAUCUACAGUCGGGCCUGGAUCAACACGCCCGUGGUCAACCUGCUGCCCUUCGGGGCCAUCAUCCUGACCCUGUGCAGCACCCUCAUCCCCAUUGGUUUGGGUGUUAUGCUGAGAUACCGCCACACACGUGUGGCCGACAUUGUUUUAAAGGCUUCCCUUUGGUCUCUGCUGGUCACCCUGGUGAUGCUGUUCGUCCUGACAGGCGUGAUGCUGGGGCCGGAGCUGCUCUCCACCAUCCCUCCCUCCGUGUACGUGGUGGCCGUCCUGAUGCCUCUGUGCGGGUACGCCGCGGGCUACGGCCUGGCCGUGCUGUUCGACCUGCCCCCCAACAGCCGCAGGUCUGUCUCCCUGGAGACGGGGUGUCAGAACGUGCAGCUGUGCACCGCCAUCCUGAAGCUGGCCUUCCCUCCUCAGCUGAUGGGCGGGAUGUACAUGUUCCCUCUGCUGUACGCGCUCUUCCAGGCAGCCGAGGCCGGCAUCUUCAUCCUGGCCUACAAGCUGUACAGGAAGGAGGUUCUGCUUAAAUCGGACCCCACGAUGGACGGCGGCGAAUCAGACAUAACGUAUCAAAGGUUCCGUGACGAGGACUUUGAGCCGUCUUACGGUGCUGUGACAGUGAGCGACCCGAACACAAUCAUGCUAGAGCCCUGCCCCCCUGAUCCCACUCCUGUUUAAUAUUUUAGGAAUCAAUAUUUCUUUGCUGCUGAUCUUAGGAGAUGAGACCAGAACAUUUUGAUUGCUGUCGUUCAUUAAAAGAAAAAAAAAAAACACAAACAGGGAGAUGAAAGUGAAAGAUUGAUGUGGGGUGCUUUAUGUCAUGAGCUUAAUUCAUUCAAAUUAAUCACUGUUGCCUUUUAAAAUGAAAUAACACUGCUGUUCCCUGUGGAGUAAAAAAAAAAAAUCAUUUACAAAGAUUUAUGACCAUGUGUAAGUGAUGGUUUAAACAUAUCAAAACGUGCAACCAAGCCUGUGCCAAGCUGUAUCUGUACAUUACUGUAUAGAGCAAUUAAAGAUCUAUAUGUAGUCUA